AUGUCUCGCUUUCAGUUCGUUUUGUUCCUUCUUUUGCCAUGGCCGGCUUCAGCUGGCCCGAUAUCUCGCUGGCAAUCCGAGUCAUUGGGCGCUCCUGAGCCGACUUCUUCGCCACUAUUGCCGAAUAUCGAACGGCGUGAAGCUGGUGAUGGCAAUUACAUCGCUUGUGGCAAUGACGACUCGGAAACCAACGACCUCUCGGAAGCCGACGACGACUCAGAAGCCAACAACCUCUCGGAAACCAACGACCUCUCAGAAACCAGCAACGACCCAGAAGCCAACGACCUCUCAGUUGCCAACUACAUCUCAGUUGCCAACCACCACUUCUAUUUCUUACCUGUCUAUAUAGUCCCUGUCUAUGUUUCAAGCACCGCACCCUCCCUCGAUUCCGUGGUGAUACCGGGUGCAUACCAACCUUCUUCAGCUGGGCUUCUAGGUGGAGCAAACAGCAUCAAAGCUGCCACAACCACACCACCAACCUCGGCCUCUACCACCAUACAGCCAGCGAUAGCACCAGUGCCCACAGUGCCUACAAGUAGCAUCCCAGCCGUUGGAGCCAUUAUACCUUUAGGAAGCAGUAGCAAUUCUUCCACAUCUACACCCACGCUCCCGACCUCCAAUUCUAUCCAACUAGCGAGCUCUAUCACGGCAAACUCUACGCAAGUACAGGCUUCCAUGUCAAGGUCCAAGCCUGUGGCAACCGUAACCCAGCCUGUGAUCGUCUAUGUUACCCAGGGAGCACCAAUUCCAUUUUCGACAAGCGUUAUCGAACAGACACCCAGUGUCAACUCGUCGGUGUCGUCAGCGAAACUAACGGCAAAACCGUCUGUUGAAACAACAAGUACGUCUUUGAACUUUGUGACCGUCCAUUCCACUAGAACAUCGGUUGUUCGUGUGACUGUUUCCCCAACAUCAUCACCUGAUUCUUCGGUCUUUCUGGCCACAACUGGGAGCGCUACGAGUGUGAAUGCAGCGCCUAUAGGGGCUCACCUCAAUGCAACGUCCGCAGUGCCUCUGACCAUCAACUCGACAACAACAUCGCUUCCUUCUGGGUCUUUGCUGUUGCCUUCCUCAAGCGAGAUUGCUUCUGCAGAUACAGUCAAUGUCACUUCCACAAAUAUUGUUCCAUUGACUGUUCAUUCGACAACACCGGUACCGUCUUCGUCGUUGACGUCUAAUGAGACUGCUUCUACAGAAACCGUCCGUGUCACUUCCACAAGUUUUGUUCCAUUGACUGUUCAUUCGACAACAUCGACAUCGCCUUUAUCGUCGCCACCUAGUGAGACUGCUUCUACGGAAACGGAGAGAGUCAAUGUCACUUCCACAAAUAUUGUUUCAUUGACUGUUCAUUCGACAACACCGGCAUCGUCUUCGUCGUUGACGACUAAUGAGACUGCUUCUACAGAAACCGUCCGUGUCACUUCCACAAGUAUUGUUUUAUUGACUAUCCAUUCGACAACACCGCCAUCGCCUCUGUCCUCGCCGCCUAGUGAGACUGCUUCUAUAGAGACAGUCCGUGUUACUUCCACAAGUAUUGUUUUAUUGACUGUCCAUUCGACAACAUCAUCCUCUCCUCUGUCGUUGCCGCCUAGUGAGGCUGCUUCUACGGAGAGGGAGACAAUCCGUGUCACUUCCACAAGUCUGUAUAGUGAGACUGGUUCUGCGGAGACGGAGACAGUCCGUGUCACUUCCGCAAGUAUUGUUCCAUUAGCUGUUCAUUCGACAACAUCGUCGUCUCCUCCGUUGUUACCCUCGUUGAGUGAGACUGCUCCACGUGAGCCUGCACCUACAGCGACAUCCCACGUCACUUCCACGCAAACCGCUCGCAUGACCUUUGAUGGGUCGUCUGCCACACGAGCGGUGGAAACUACACAGGCAGUAGAUCCAACAUCUACCAUUGAUGCUGAUGUAUCUACCACGACCACCAAGCCAGGCAAAGGCAUACUUACUGUGAAUCCGAUUACGCCGUCUGGCUUUUUCACAGUCACUGAAACCCUGAUCAAGACUAAGACGGUGACAGAUCGCAUUACUGAGACUGUUACUGCCACCGUUACUCGGGAUUAA